AUGAAGACUCGGCACACCACUUCUGAAAGGUUGCUGACCCCUGCCCUAGGGUAUGUACACUGUACAGCUCUCUACGUGCUCAAGCAGUGCCUCCUCCAUCUACACUGUUAUUUUUAGCAGUAUAAUGUUCCUCUGCUGGAGUCUUUCCCCACCACAGGGAAAGGCUCCCACAACGGGGAAAGACUCUGGCAGCUCCCUGUGGUGGGGACAGGCUGUGCCUUUCAUUGCUGCAUGUAGGUACACAUCGCAAUGUGGAUGCAGCCUCUUUUUCACAACAGUGUGUAGCUACACAUACUCUACAUGCUGCCGCCAUUGGUGGACGUACCCUAAGUCUUUUCAGGAGCAGGGCCUGAUUUGUUUACAGGGUAGUUGUCCAUGAGUGUUUAGAUGCCAGUAUUCAUUAUAUUAAAUAUUGGGUUUUAAAAAAAGAAACAGCAUGUGAAUUUAGGUGAAAUUCACUCUUUUUGAAGAAAACCUUGUAAAAACUGCAUGAACUUUGCAAGUAGCUACAAAAGCAAAGAAAGAAAGAUGAGAGCCUACCAGCCUUGACAGUGUCUUCUCAAUGUACUGCAAACCAGGUCACUUUUUAUUACAUAUGUAAUACUGAUGCCAUGAAGGUUCCAGCAAUACUCUUUCCAAGGGUAGGGUUGUUAACUCCUGGGCUUUGAGCCAAACUCCAACUUGGGUGAUUAUAUUCUUGUUACCUAAAGUUUUAAAGAAAGUUGUUAUUGUUCCCUUCCUCUCCUAAAGUCUGUUGUGUAGUGUUACUAGUGCAAAUGACUACGUGUCAGUGGUGGGAUGAAGUGAUUCCUGUACAAAUAGGAGCCAUGCCCUGUCAUCAGUGGGAGUUCUGCAAUGGGGAAUGAUUACAGAAUGUAGAGUUGGAAAGUACUGAGGGAUCUUCCAAGAUUAAAGUUGCUAUUUGUGUAUAUCGUAGAGGCAGGAUUUAUUAUUUACAAAAGAUCACAUAUAAUAUUUUUCUUGCUUACCAUUUCUAGCCUGACAACUAUAGUCUAGCUUAAGCUGUCAAGAAUUUGUAAUUCUUAAGUGAUGUAGCUUAACUAAUAGUAUUACAUAGUCCUGUAUGUACAUAUACCAACACACAAUUCUGCAUUGAUUAUUUUAAUUUGACUGAAAAUUUCAGUAAUUCAGACCAAAUCUUGCUCACUUUAUUUGUGCAAGUUGUCUUAUGGACUUCAAAGUUACUUAUAAGUAAGUUAAGCAGGAUUUGACCCAUUAUUUGCAUAUGAAAGUUGAAUUGGACAAAGGUGGAGUUGCUGUAAAUGUGGUCAAAAUACAGAAGAAUUUAAAGUUAUAUGGAUAUUUUUGUUAGGAAAUAUCAGAAGAAAAGGACACUGAAUCUUAGCAGAUAGCAGACUAUACAGUGUAUUAAAAUAAAGAAUUGCAGUAAGAUCACUUACAGUGGUACUUGCACAGUGUUAUUUGUUCUAUCAACAAUUGUCCUAAAGGAACACUACAGUGACAACAAGGUUUGUGAGUGUAAUCAAAGCAGAAUUUGGCCCUAGAUCUUCAAUUAUGUUCAACAUCAACUGCUGGCAUUUCAGUUGAUGAAGUUGUCUUAUCCAAUUAUAUAAACUUAGCAGGCUCAGUCAGUGCCUAGAUGGGAAACCAUCCCAUACCACUCCCCCCAAAAACAGGUGCCUUUUUCCCCAUCCCACCCAAAAAAACCCACUCCCACCAAAAUGCAGGUGCUACAGGAAAAUGUGUGGGAUCAAGCAUAUAUGGAAGUAACAUUUUUCAAUUUGUGCCAGUUGUGAAUUAGUGCCCCAUCAAUGGUGAUAGGUAGGUGCUGUCUUUUGGAUGAGACUUACUAUCAAGGUUCUGAUCACCCUGGGUCAUUAAAGAUCCCAUGACACUUUUCACCAUUGUAGGAGUGUGUUGGCUCUGGUGUCCUGACCACAUUUCAGUUGGGUUCAGCAUCUUUCUUUGCUGUCUUUCCUAAACGAUUGUGUAGUAUUGUUGUAUGCAGUUAAGCUGCCACUGUGUUUCAUCCCAGAAGGGACUGCAUUUCACUGGUGGCUGGAAUGACUACAUGAAAAGCAAUGGCAUAGUGGUAAAAAAAAGAAUUGGAUAAACUAACCUAACUAAACUCCAUAUUCACCAAAUGAGAAGUGAGUAAACUGUUUACUUGUGUUUAUACUUGACUAUACUACUGGUGAAAUGGGAAUUUUUUUAAAGUGGUUUGGGAACUUUCACGAUGAAAGUUGAUAUAUAAAUGUAAGAAGAUUAUUGUUAUUACAAAGUUAAAACCCAAUAACCUAGGUUUGUAAGUAUCUCCAAUGUUGGAGCUGGGAUUUUAACACUCUUGCUGUUUUUUUUUGUUUUUUUUGUUUUUUGUAGGGCUCAUGCUUUUUUACCUACCCAGAAAGCACUUUAAAACUGAAAAUGUAAAAAUAGCUGAGCCUGGGCAAUUUCAGCAGGCCCACAAAGCAGCCUGUUCCAUCUUCGUUGUGCAAACUCAGCCCUCGUGGCUUAAAUGAUAGCCAGAUAGAUGUAAGAACUGACUGGGGUUGACUCAAACCAUCCUCAUCAUAUCAUACUGCAAUCUAGAGACGUUACCAUUAGCUUUGUAGUUAUUGAGAUUAUUAUAAGGUCCUGAUUUUUCUCCAUUAUCUCUGAUUUACUCCUGUUUCAGUCAAAGAACAAUCAGGCCCAUAGGAUAUGUAUCCUAUCAUGGCCUGAUUACAUAUGUCUAUAUAGGUUAAACACGGUCAAUCAAUACUAAUUUUCUAAGUCAGUAAAGUAUGUUGAGCCAAAUUCACUCCUAAAGUAACUUCAUUGAAAUCAGUGACAUUACACUAGGGGUGAGUUUGGCUCUUAUGUUUUAGAAACACAUUUAUAAGAAUAUCACAUUCUGUAGGUUGUAUACAUAGCUUAUUCCUCGCUAAAAAUGUACACAGAGAGGAUGAAAUGCUGGCUCCAUUGCAGUCAAUGGCAAAUUCCCACUGACUUCAGUUGAGCCUGGAUUUCACCAUGAGUGUGUGUUGUGCCUCAUUAUUUAAACGCUACAUCGCUAUUCAUAGCAAGCCUGUCAAAACAAUAAAUAAAUAACAUCAAUAAACAAAACACCAGUUAAAAAUAGUACAGUGUGCUCAAUAACUGUCAUGAACUACAAAACUCCCACUUCACACCAUACAGUGAGAGCAGCUGAAAAACAGACAUUUAACAGUGGAAGAGCUAGCAGACUUCCACAGGAGAACUUUAACUUUCUUUACUCGACAGGAGAAAAUCAUAUUUGAAGUCAUCUCUAGUAAAUGAGACUCUAUUCGGUUCAAACAUCAAAGUGCAACUCUUCAGAUUUUUAUCUCUGACCAAUGUGAAUGAAAUGGUUGUAGAGUAAGAAUUCCUAUACAUAAUCUAUAGCGAUUUGCUCCUGUAGAGUACUUUACGCCUGCUCCGGUGCCCACUGAAGUUAACAAACUCCAGAGAGCCCAAUUAAAUUGGAUUGAGCCCAGUUAGAUAUUGAUCCAUCAUGACUCUUGAAAUACAUAGAAAUGUCAUUAUGGUCAGUCCCCCUCUUUUUCUCUACAUUCUCUCCUGUGUGCUAUACAUAGUUAUACAGUUAGUAUAUUUAAAUGAUUAUACCAAAGUAUACCACUCCUUGUGCCAAGUUUGAAAUAUGUGCCCAAUCCAUGGUGCAGGCACAUAGAUAGUAUAUGACCUUUAAUUGAGAUUGUUUUGAUUGAAUUGCAAUUCUGUGUUGAAAUAUUGCAAUAGUUAACUUAAUUGUGGGACCUCAGUGGAAAAACAAAAAACCAGUGUUCCUGAUUUAUUUCAUAACACCAGCUGGUGCAUGGGUCCGGAAUAAAUGCAAUUGCUUUGUGCGAGCAAUUGUAUACAGUCUUGACUGCAUGUUUCUGGUACAGUACGUACUGUGAUCUAGGAGAAAUGAUCAGAUACUUUUCCACAAGAGAAAUUGUUUUUCUCUGAAACUUAAUUUGGAGUUGACAGAUGUGGCUUAGCGCAUGAAAGAUCUUUUAAUAUAUUUCUGGAUAUAAGAAACUGCAUUAAGUGUCUGUGCUACUUUUUUAACUGAAAUUUUUCUUCCAUAGGAACCUACUGGAUCUCUAGGGAAACCUUAACAGUAAGGUAGUAACAGUAACCAACCCCCUGAUGGCAGGAGUUGGAAUUUCUUGGCACAUAUCUCCCAUGAUCAGUAAUGGGAUGCGAUAUGAUUGCCGAAAACCAGGGAGCUAAUGAGCAUUUUCCUAGUAGAAGCAGGUGGUAGACACUGCAGCUGGGAUUUUUUUCUAAUUGCUGGAAUUUGGGGCUCAUGCAAACAGAAAAGAUACUCGAGAAAAGAGACUGUGGAAAUGCACUUAAAAAUGAGUAACAUUAACAUACUCUACUUAAACUGCCCUCUCUGAAAGGUUGGAACUGAAUCAUUUUGAGCUAUUGUUUUACUUUCUGUUGUAAAGAGGAGCCAAUAUACUGUUACACACCCCACAACUUCACCCGUGACCAAGCCUUGUAUGCCAGAGGAUAUUGUUGGACAGAACUAAUAGAUGCCUUGCCAGGAGUUGAUGCCAGCCAUUGGCCCUCCUUGUUUGAGCAUAAGUUCCUUCCUUAUGCACUGCUGGCUUUUGCUGGCAUAAUGUACAUUCCAGCUCUUGGCUGGGAGUUUCUGGCCUCCACCAGACUGACUUCUGAGCUUAAUUUUUUGCUUCAGGAGAUUGAUAACUGCUACCACCGUGCAGCAGAAGGGCGUGCACCGAAAAUAGAGAAACAAAUACAAUCCAAAGGCCCUGGGAUCACAGAGAGGGAGAAAAGAGAAAUAAUUGAGAAUGCAGAAAAGGAAAAAAGCCCUGAGCAGAAUUUGUUUGAAAAAUACCUGGAACGAAGAGGGCGAAGUAACUUUUUAGCUAAACUUUACCUUGCGAGACAUUUAUUUAUCAUAUUUUUAAGCAUUAUACCAAUUACAUACUUAUCCACCUACUAUGCUACGCAGAAGCAAAAUGAGUUUACGUGUGCACUAGGAGAGCCUCCUGACAAAACGAGCAGCUCCAAAUUGCACAUCCGGGUGAACUGCAAGCUGCCAGCUGUCCAGCUGCAACGGAUAAUAGCUGGAGUAGACAUUGUCCUCCUCUGCUUUAUGAACUUGAUCAUUCUCAUCAACUUAGUUCACCUUUUCAUAUUCCGCAAGUCUAACUUCAUAUUUGAUAAACUGAACAAGGUUGGAAUAAAGACCAAGAAACAGUGGCAAAAGUCUCAGUUUUGUGACAUCAAUAUUCUAGCUAUGUUUUGCAAUGAAAAUCGGGACCAUAUAAAAUCCCUGAAUCGCUUGGAUUUUAUAACAAAUGAAAGUGAUCUGAUGUAUGAUAAUGUGGUGCGCCAGUUGCUGGCGGCGCUGGCCCAGUCUAAUCAUGAUGUCACACCAACCAUGCGCGAUUCAGGGAUUCAGACUAUAGACCCCAGUGUCGAUCCAGCAGACAUUGAUGCCAAUGAACAGCUCGUCAUUAAGAGACCUAGGAAGAAAAUGAAAUGGAUCCCAAGUAGCAAUCCACUUCCUCAGCCAUUCAAAGAGCAGUUAGCUAUUAUGAAGGUUGAAAACCACAAACCUGAAAAGCCGAAGCCAGUGCGCAGGAAAACAGCAACUGAUAGCCUUAUCGCUCCUCUGAUAGAGUCCACGUCAAAAACCUCACAGCAAUCAUCAUCUCAGAAAACUGAGUCAAACCCCAUCUCCAGCACAGGCAAUGAGAAAAAACAUACACGGCACUUUUCCCUGGAUGUUCACCCAUAUAUACUUAGUAGUAAAAAACCCAAGCCAGAGAUUCAAGCCAUUGCCUCAAUGCCUACAUCCAAAAGCCAAGAGGGUGGAUUUUUAAACCAAGAGGAAAAUGUCGUAGUUCAUGUCACCUCUUCUCUCAAAGUCAUCCCACAUCAUGAGAAAGAGAUUCUAUACUCCUCUGAGACAUGCAGAACUGUCCCUGCUGCUGGGGCUUACCUCUCCUGCAAUCACAAUCAUAUAGCAACAACUGCUGCUGCAACAAAUAUAACCCUGAGCCAUGUCAAACCAGAACCAACAGCUGCACUGAAUCGUAAUCCUACUCACCCUCUGCUGAACGUCAAUACACUGUAUGAAGAUCACGAGGAAGAGGUUUCCAACCUUACAGACAACAGUAUUCAUUCACCAACCGAAGCAGGGGAAAUACUCUCCAUACCUACCCCAAAGCACAUAAUGAUGGCAACAUUUGAAGAACCAAGGGCAAUAGUGAGUUCUGUGGAGUACUAAAGAUAUAGUGCUGCAUGGAUAUAACCUGGUGAUCAGAUCCAGUACCACUGUAAUGGAACCCUCAAUAAUGCAAUUCACUGCAUGAGCAUGGAGAGUUUUAAUACAGACCGUAGGCUUUGGUAAUACUACAAAUUGAUUUUUCAGGAUCGUAUCAUCACCACUGUCACUAGUUUGCAAAAUAGAAUAAUAAAAAAAAAUGGGAUGAAAGUACACCUUUACCUCCAAGAGCACCCAAGCACAAAAAGUUAGCUUUAGCUUCAUCAAUUUAAAUAUGGAUCAAUACAACUUUUGAAACACUAAAAGAGUUUGAUGGCAUGUCACAGUGAUUUUUACAGAGCACUUGUAUCCUUUGUAUUUACAAUGGCUAGUUAAAGUUAAAUAGAUAUUGGUGAGGUGUAUCUUCUAUUUUAAUGGCAGGAGUUAAAUAAGAAUUUAAUAAUGAGGAAAAUAUAUUUUUUCUCCAUGGACUUUAUGAAAAAGACAUAUACAAGAAACAUAUAUUUUUUUUGUUUCUUUGUUGGGCUUGAUGGAGAUUUAGGAUAAGGGCUUACUAACACCAGCAUAUAGUGCAAAAAGGAUUGAAAUGCUUCUGUCUGUUGAAUUUGUGAGUGAGAGGUAUGCCCUGCCCUUUAACAAGCUUAUAUGUCAAUGAAAGAUGAUGAAAUGAAGAGUUUAUUUUCUUAAAUAUAUUUUACCAUUGAAAAAUUACUUUAAUAGCUUUUCAAAUCAGGUUUUGCUUUUAUCAAAAUGGAGAGAAGAGGGUCAGUCUAGCAGCUUAUUUUUGUAUAGUCUAUUUAUGAACCAAGUUAGAAACUUUCACAGGUGCUUCACUGAUAUGAAAAAAUCCUACAGUGGUGAUGCAGUGUAAAACCAGCAAUGUUUUCAAACAAUGCAGAGUUAAAGAGGAUUGUUAAUUUAUGUUUGCAGUCUCUCCUAGACUCUGAUCCAGCAAAGCACUUAAGCACAUGCUUAACUAAGCACGUGAGUAAUCCCACUGAAGUCACUUGAGAAUACACACAUGCUUAAAGUUAAGCACAUGCUUAAGUGGCUUUUCUGGAUCUGGGCCACAAUGUAUACGGACAAUAAUCCUGCAGCAUGUGCUGUCAUUCUGAUUCAAAGUCUGUCUUCCUUGGCCCAAAGUACAUCCUCAUACCCAUUCAUCCUAUAACUUGGACAUGUGAGAUUUUAUGAGAAAAUUCUAAUAUAAGAAAAAAAAUCUACUAAAAAUGUAUCAUGCAAUAACCAUUCUCCUCAAAAGUAUAGUCAGACAAGAAAAGACUAUAUUAAAAUGAUAUUCACAGCUGCAUUCAAAACUAUGAACUACUAUGUUUGCUUCAAAAUUCUGUAUGAUGGUAGAAAAAAUAGAGAGAGCACAAGUAUGGGACUGAAAGCUUGAAUAUAUUUUUUAAUUUAUAUUACCUCAGACAUGGAUAUAUGAUACCAGUAUUUAAUGAACUAUAGCACUGAAUAUAAAUAAACAU